UGUGUCGUCUUUUCCUCUCAUUCAGUGCGACGUUUUAUUUAAGUUGAAAGAUGGCGGCGGUGCAUCUCAGGAUCGGGGAUCUAGUGUGGGGCAAGCUGGGCCGUUACCCCCCAUGGCCAGGGAAGAUAGUGAGUCCCCCCAAGGACCUGAAAAAGCCCCGGGGCAAAAAAUGCCACUUUGUGAAAUUCUUUGGAACUGAAGACCACGCCUGGAUCAAAGUGGAACAGCUGAAGCCCUACCACCCCCACAAAGAGGAGAUGAUCAAGAUUAAUAAAGGGAAGCGUUUCCAGCAGGCUGUUGAUGCCGUGGAGGACUACCUGAAGAAAGCCAAAGGAAAGGAGCAGAACUCUGAGGGCAAAGGUGACUCUAAAGGAAAAAAAGCCUCCAACAAGCCACUGAAAAUUCUAGAGGAGGACGACGAGGACCUCAGUGCACUGAAGGACCCUUCCGAAAAGGACUUAACUGACUCUGACCCCGAGCCGUCGGCUCUUGAGAGGCUGGGGGCCGGACCUGGUUCAGGAUUCAAAUGGGAAAGCAGUCCUGUCAAGGAUGACCCACAUUUCCAUCACUUCCUGCUCAGUCAGUCUGAAAAGCCAGCCUCAUCGAUGGAACCGAUUAGUAAGCGGCUGAAAAUCAUCGAGGAGGUCACAGGUUCAACUUCUAUCCAAGCAGCAGACAGCACAGCUAUUAAUGGCAGUAUCACACCCACAGAUAAAAGGAUAGGCUUCCUGGGUCUAGGACUCAUGGGUAGUGGCAUCGUUUCCAACUUAUUGAAAAUGGGCCAUGUUGUCACUGUGUGGAAUCGCACUGCAGAAAAGUGUGACCUGUUCAUCCAGGAGGGGGCCAGGUUAGGCCGGACCCCUGCAGAGGUGGCCUCCAUGUGUGACAUUACGUUCUCAUGUGUGUCUGACCCCAAGGCUGCCCGGGACUUGGUGUUGGGACCCAGUGGAGUUCUCCAGGGAAUCAGGCCAGGGAAAUGCUACAUAGAGAUGUCCACUGUAGAUCCAGAGACCAUCACAGAGCUCUCCCAGGUGAUCACGUCACGGGGCGGCCGCUUCUUGGAGGCUCCGGUGGCAGGAAGCCAGCAGCUCUCCAACGAUGGGAUGCUGGUUAUCCUGGCAGCUGGAGACAGAACGGUUUAUGAGGACUGCAGCAGCUGUUUCCAGGCCAUGGGCAAGACCUCGUUCUUCCUCGGUGAAGCAGGAAACGCAGCGAGGAUGAUGCUCAUCCUCAACAUGGUCCAGGGCAGUUUCAUGGCCACCAUCGCGGAGGGGCUCACCCUGGCUCAGGCCACCGGCCAAUCACAGCAGACCUUCCUGGACAUCCUGUGCCAGGGCCAGAUGGCGAGCACCUUUGUGGACCAGAAGUGUCAGAAUAUUCUGCAAGGCAACUUUAAACCAGACUACUAUUUGAAACACAUUCAGAAGGACCUGAGGCUCGCCAUCUCCAUGGGCGACAUGGCCAACCAUCCAACCCCGAUGGCUGCAGCAGCCAAUGAGGUGUACAAGAGGGCUAAAGCACUGGACCAGUCAGACAACGACAUUUCUGCCGUCUACAGAGCCUACAUUCACUAGAGUGAGAGCUGACCCAUCCUCUGGACCACGCAGUCUUUAAUCAUUUAUCUCUUCUUUGUCAUCUAAUGAGUUUUUAUUAGAAAUUCUAGUGGUUUUAUUUGGUUUUGCCCCAGUGCCAGCCCACAUC